AUGCAUCUGCAUAGAUCUACAGCGUGGCGUCGUGCAAGCACGAUAGCCAUUCUGUUAACUGGUUCCUGCCUUAGCGCUGCGGCCUCCAACCCCUCGUUGGCCGCGCGUGUUCUCGAUCCCCUACCGCUGGGGUCAAUCUCUCCCAAAGGCUGGCUUCAGGAUCAACUCCAGUUGAUGGGUGAUGGCCUCGCCGGCCAUGAACAUGACUUCUACGACUACGUCGCGGAUAGCUCCUGGCUCGGCGGUUCCUCUGAAUACAGCGAUUUGAAUGAAGGUUUCCCGUACUGGUUCAACGGCCUGGUCCCAUUGGCAUACAGCUUGGGCGAUACGCGGCUGAAGGACCAGGUCUCUCAGUCCGUUAACUAUGUGCUUUCGCACCAACAGUCCGAUGGUUGGCUGGGCCCGGAAACAGACAAUAGCACUCGCAAUUUCUGGGGUCGAUUCCCUUUCUUCCUGGGUCUGGCUCAAUUGGCCGAGGCCGAGAAUGGCACUGACGCCUCGACGCAGGUCCUCGACAGCAUGCACAAAUUCAUCACUCUGAUGCACUCCAUGCUCGAGGACAACUACCUGGGCUAUGUCUCGCAGUCAGGACAGAACAUCGACGACCAGUGGGGUCGCGCGCGCGCUGCCGACAUGAUCCUGGGCUUGCAAUGGCUUUAUGAGCAUGACCCCCGUAGCGACACUCAAGUCAUUUUUGACUGCAUGGACUUGCUAUAUGAAAAGGCGAGCAACUGGUCUGAUUGGUACACAGAUAGCCUGUAUAUCAAGCAGGAUCUUGAUACAGUGCCAGUCAAUAUCACCGACUAUUAUUACCCCUUUGAGCACGGUGUCAAUGUUGGCCAAGGCUUGAAGUUUGGUGCCGUCAUUCAACGCCUGACUGGCCAGACUAGUUUUGGAGACAACGCUCGCACAGCGGUUGACUGGACCUUCCAGUAUCAUGGCCAACCUUCCGGCGGCGUCAUUGCAGACGAACGACUGUCGGGUCUCAGCCCAGUGCGCGGCGUGGAGCUGUGUUCUGUGGUCGAGACCAUCUACUCCUUGAACUAUCUUUACCAAACCUUGGGAGACGUUGAAUUCGCAGACCGCGCGGAAUUAGCAGCAUACAAUGCGCUUCCAGUGAUGCUGACGCCAGACUGGUGGGCCCACCAGUAUGUCUCCCAGACCAACCAACCGAUAUCCCAUACUUUCGACAGCGAUCCAUUUUAUAAUGUGAACACCGCAGGCCAGCAUUUCGGACUCGAGCCAAAUUAUCCUUGCUGCACCGUCAAUCACCCACAGGGAUAUCCCAAGUUCGUCUCCAACUCCUUUGUCCGCUCUGGUGACAACGGAAUCGCACAUGCACUAUUGGGACCGACCUCGGUCAAUACCACAACCAACUCUGGUGUUUCUGUGACUAUCUCGGUCGACACUCUCUAUCCGUUUUCUUAUGAACUAGCAUAUACCGUCCAAUCGACCGACGAUUUUGACUUUUACGUGCGGGUGCCGAGCUGGGCGUCUUCAAGCAGUACCAUCUCGAUCAAUAGUGAAACUGCUUCCCAAGUGCAGGCAGAUUCGUCUUCUGGCCUUCAUCGCGUUGCAGUCAGCAAGGGCAAGACCAGCAUCCUUUAUACCCUGGACACUGACCUUCGCGUGACGGACCGGGCUAACGAUACGGUGGCUAUCUACCACGGCUCGCUCCUUUACUCUCUUCCAAUCGGCGAGAAGGUCACCUCGUAUAGCUCGAACGUUACCGGAGCGCCGAUAGGAGUCGAAGAGUAUGAAUAUUACCCGACCACGACGUGGGCUCUUGCUAUCGACCCGUCAACACUCGAGUACAACGGGGCGUCUUCCGACGCCACUCUGUCGAACCCAAUUUGGUCGCUGAAUGCACCUCCAGUAACCAUCACAGCCACUGUGUGCGAGAUCAACUGGAACUUGACUGGCGGGUACGCGCCCAAUCCGCCUUUGAAGGCCGACAGAAAAUGCAUAGGCGAUUCCUUCCAGACAAAACUGGUGCCGUAUGGAAGUGCCAGACUCCAUAUCGCCGAAAUUCCGACCUUGAGUCAGACGUGA